AUGCCCGAAGAGGACUCUGGCGGCGUCCAAAUGGCCAAGCCAUCCUCUCUCCGCGGACGUUCCGACAUCCUGACAAACAACACCUCCUCCGAGCGGGUCGAGGCCCCCGUCACAUUGAAGGCCUACCUUCUCUGUGUCUUUGCCUCCUUUGGUGGUAUCUUCUUUGGUUUCGACUCGGGUUACAUGAACGGUGUCCUCGGCAUGGACUACUUUAUCAACAUGAUGACUGGUCUUCCCAUUCCUGGCCCCGACGCUAGCGCCUCCGAGGUCGCUGCUUUUACCCUUCCUGCCUGGAAGAAGUCUUUGAUCACUUCCAUCCUUUCUGCCGGUACCUUCUUUGGCGCCAUCAUCGCUGGUGACUUGGCCGAGUUCUUUGGUCGUCGUAUAACUAUCGUCGCCGGUUGUGGUGUCUUCAUUGUCGGCUGUGUGCUCCAGACCGCCAGUACUUCCCUCGGUCUCCUCGUCGCCGGUCGUCUCAUCUCUGGUUUCGGUGUCGGAUUCAUCUCUGCCAUCAUCAUUCUCUACAUGUCCGAGAUUGCCCCCCGAAAGGUCCGAGGUGCCAUCGUCUCUGGCUACCAAUUCUGCAUCACCAUCGGUCUCCUCCUCGCCAGUUGCGUGUGUUACGCCACCCAGAACCGAACCGACAGUGGCUCUUACCGAAUUCCCAUCGCCAUCCAGUUUGCCUGGGCUCUCAUCUUGGGUACUGGUCUCAUGCUCUUGCCCGAGUCCCCUCGAUGGUAUGUCAGGAAGGGUAGGGUUGAGGAGGCCACCAAGGCGCUUUCACGAGUCCGAGGCCAGCCGGUUGAGUCCGACUACAUCAGGGAUGAAAUCACCGAGAUUGUCGCCAACCACGAGUACGAGACCGAGCUCAUCCCCAACCAGACCUACUUGGGUUCUUGGGCUGCUUGCUUCUCUGGUGGUAUUCGAAACCCUCAGUCCAACCUCCGUCGAACUAUCCUCGGUAUCACUCUCCAGAUGAUGCAGCAAUGGACUGGUGUCAACUUCAUCUUCUACUUUGGUACCACCUUCUUCACCGACCUCGGCACCAUCUCCAACCCCUUCUUGAUCUCCCUCAUCACCACCCUCGUCAACGUCUGCUCUACCCCCAUCUCAUUCUACACCAUUGAGCGAUUUGGUCGACGACCUCUCCUCAUCUGGGGUGCCCUCGGUAUGUUGAUCUGCGAGUUCAUCGUCGGUAUCAUCGGUGUCGCCAAGCCCGGAGACUCUACUGUCGUCAAGGCCCAGAUCUCCUUCAUCUGCAUCUACAUCUCCUUGUUUGCCUCCACCUGGGGUCCUGGUGCUUGGGUCUGCAUCGGUGAGAUCUUCCCCAUCCCCAUCCGAUCUCGAGGUGUCGGUCUCUCCACCGCCUCCAACUGGUUCUGGAACUGCAUCAUCGCCGUCAUCACCCCCUACAUGGUCAGCACCGACCAAGGUAAUCUCGGUUCCAAGGUCUUCUUCAUCUGGGGUUCCACUUGUGUCAUCUGCUUCGUCUAUGCCUACUUCUUCGUUUGGGAGACCAAGGGUCUUACCCUGGAACAGGUCGACAGGAUGAUGGAGGAGUGCGGUACACCCCGACGAUCGCCUGGAUGGAAGCCCCACACCACCUUUGCUGCCGAGAUCCUCGGUGCCCACGAGCACGGCGGUUUGGAGAAGACUGGCAGCGUAGAGCAGCACGAGAAGGCUCCCGCCCCUGCCCACGUCGUAUAA